GAUCGGGGGCUGCAUCCGAAAAGCACCAUCAACGUUGCCGGGUACAAGGCCCUGACCUCGAUGGAGGAGUACUUGGAGCUGAUGAACACCAGCCUGCCAGGAAUCAAGGCCAGAGUUGGAAAUCAUCCGUUCAUCAAGUGCGCGACCCAGUUCCCGCUCAUCCUGUGGCACCCGUACGCCCGUCACCACUACUUCUGUGUGAUGACGGAGAAGGAGCAGAAGAAGUGGCACGCCGUGCUGCAGGACUGUGUCCGACACUGCAACAACGGUCUGUCAGAGGACAGCACUGUUCAGACGCCCGCCUUCACCGACUCUGUGAGACGUCACAGACAAAACAAGGGACACUACGGGACCUGGGACAUGAUGUGCGGAGGACCCCCGCAGAUUCUGUGUAAUCUGGUGAUGGAGACUCUUCACCCCGAGAUAAGAAAUGUGAUCGGUCCUCGUCUGAAGGGGAAGAUGCAGCAGAGGCAGAGAAACUGGAUGUUGAUCUCCGACGCUGUGUACAGGCAGGUGUUAUCUCAGACGACGAGUCAGUUCGGCGCUCUGGUGGACAACUGUGAGGCCCAGAGAGUUCAGCUGGAUGCGAGACUGCGAACGGACAUGGACCAGAUCAUCACGUCUAAAGAACACGUCAGCAGCAAGAUACGAGCUCUGGUGUUGCCCAAGACGGAGCCACUCCUGCGGACCAGCGUCCAGCCGUACAUCAGCUCCAUCCUCGAGGCUCUGAUGGAGCCCACGAGCAGAGGGUUCUCUGAGGUCAGGGAGGUUUUCUUCAGAGAGCUGGUGGAGAUCAGCAAGAACUCGCUCAACGGAGGGGGCAAGGAAAAAAUGGGAGAUCACAUGGAGAGACUGUCCAUGCUUGCCUUCCACCCCGUGAAGAUGCAGAGCUGCUACGAGCAGGUGGAGCAGCUCAACCUGGAGGGGCUGCAGCAGAGGUUCGACGUCUGCAGUCCCUCCGUGUUCGUCAGCAGAGCUCAGAUCCUCAUGAGGGAGCAAAUGGACAAUACAGUUUACACAUUUGAGCAGCUGCUCCACCAGUCUUUGGAAGGCAAAGAAGAAGACGACAUGUGCAAGAACAUCCAGCGAUGUCAGGACAGGGUUCUCAAGAAAUACGAUUACGACAGCAGCACGGUGCGAAAGAAGUUCUUCAGAGAGGCUCUGCUGCAGAUCAUCAUCCCGUACAUGCUCCAGCAGCUCUCCCCCUCCUGCUCACCGGAGCUGCCUCGUUUCAAAGAGAUGAUCUUUGAGGACUUCUCCCGUUUUCUGCUGGUGGAGAAUAUGUUCGAGGAGGUGGUGCUGCAGUCCGUCACCAAGGACAUAAUGAUGGCUGUGAAGGAGGCGGCCGUCCAGAGGAGACACAACCUCUACAGGGACAGCAUCGUUCUGACAAACAGCGACCCCAACCUGCACCUGCUUGGAGAAAACCCCUCGGUGGACUGGGCUACCAAAUUCGGGGGCGAGGAGCCAGGCGACUCUGUUGGUGGGAUGAUUGAAGGAGGGGUUUCUGGGAGUAGACGCCGGCAAGUGGUGUCCAUGAUCCAGCUGGAUGGGGUGCCUCUGCCCUACGAGUCCUGUCUGGAGGUUCCGGGGGUGGAGCUCAUCCCGGAGGAGGACGCAGAGGUGUUUGAUAGUAAUAUGGAGGAGCAAGAGGAGGAUGAGGAGAGCGAGGGCCCUGCUAAAGAACCCAUGUCUCCUGACAGCGUGAAUGAAAUCAGGGGCCUAAUUAACCCGAUAGUGGAGAUGGUGCUGCCGGUGUCGGAGGAGGAGGAGAGCGACGUAACCAACGGGACACAGCCGACCAGAGGCAUCAUCACCUCAGAGGACGGAGUGCAGGAGGAGGUGACACACGUCACCACCAUAGUGGAGGAAGUCCCCGGCAAAUCUCCACGAGACAAGACGUCCCCGCAUUCAAUGCUCAGGCAGCUGGUAGGAAGCAUGAAGCAGAAGUCUGAUAAGGAGCAGCAGGAGGAGGUGGCCAUCCUUGAGGGAAGUCAGAUGGCGGCACAGGAAGACGAUAGUGGACUGAUUGCUGAGGUCUGUGCGGCAGAAUCGGAUUCGGAGUCGCCACCACUGCCGACAGACUCCAGCUCGCGAGAUGACAGCGGCUUCCAGUCACAGACCAAUGUGGAGGCGGAGGAAAGUGUGCCUCAGCCAAUCACAAAUGGCCUGAGUGGGGAGGACAAAAUCAUCGACCCGGCAGAUGUGGAAGUGUUUUUAGCGUAGGAAGAGGAUGUUCUGGACAUAACUAUGAAACUGGAGACAGAAAACCGAGUGACGGGAGAGGAGAGGAAAGAAUUCAGAUUUUAUUUAAAGGUUUAAUUCUUGUCUUAAUUCUUGUUUAUAAUUGCACAGUCCAAAACCAACUCCCCCCCCCCCUUCCCUUUCUGAAACAUCUCUUUGGUGAUUGGUUCCUCUCUGCAGCAUAAAAAAAAAAACACAUCUUAUUU